UGAACGGUUUUGUGGUGUGGCUGUGAAUUUGGAUUUUUUGAGAUGUCAAAUAAAUGCAGAAUGCAAAUAAUAUAGAUAGAGAGAGUGUGUAAAAAGAAGACCGAGAAGUGAAGAAAAGGGGGACUGAUAAGAAAGGAGUGGGUUUGAAUGUAUUAAGUUGAAAACAAUAUUGUGACGUGUUAAUAAUUUCCAAUCCAAUAAUAUAUGUUUUUCAAUUUUAGGCUAUUAAUAGGGUAAACCGUUUCGUUUUUAAAGUAUUAAAGGAUUCUAUAUUUGGUUGAGUAAAUAGGCCUACUUGUAGUGCUGUAAAAGAAAUAUCAAUUAUGUUCAAGAAAUUGAAAGAUAAGAUAGCUGAAGAGGUGAAACAAUCUCCGUUAAAAUCAGUACAACAACUCGCAAGUGCAGUAGUUUCGCCCUCCAGCAGCUCAGUGUUUGAACCUUCUUCGAAUGAUCACUUCUGCAUUGAUGAUGACGACGAAGAUAAUCAAGAUACGCCAAAGAAUUCGCCGGCCAAAGCUGGUGGGUUCACCACGGUGAACCUGCAUGGACAAACGUCAUCAGUGGCCUCUCCUCUGGAUGCGUCCUUCUCGCACGACACCAGCACUCGCUCCCGCAAGUCGUCCGUCAGCUCAGUGACCAGUGAUGCCUCGUCGUUCUUCCCACGCUAUGAACCGUCAUCCAACAGUUUUCAUCUGCAAUCAGAUCUGGAGUCAGCCAGUGAAGUGGAAGAUUCACUCAAUGUGCAACUUGACCGAGUUAGCAAAGAAAAUCUGUAUGAAGCCUAUCGUAAGCUGCGAAUGCGCUAUAACAAGUAUAAGGGCAGAUUCGUAGACUUGGCAGAGCAUUAUCGACGGCUCGAAAAGGAAAACACCAAUAACAUCCUAUUAGAUACUCAAGAUAAGGCGUUAAGGAGAUUCAGUGAGCUGCGGGAGCAGUGUGCGCUCGAGCAAGAAGCCAAAGCUCAUUUGGAAGAGGCUCUGCGAAGUGAUCUGGAAGAGAAGGAUCACUUGAUACGCACUCUCAACACAAAGAUUGAACUAUUAAAAAAAGGAGAUGAGCUGGAGAAACCUGCAACGGAAGAUAAAAAUCUUAUGGAUUUUUCAAACCCACCCAGCGAUGACAGUAAAGCUCUUGAAGAAAGAGUAAAGAACUUGGAAUUGAUGUUGGAGGAAAGUAAAGCAUCCAUAUUGGAAAAGAACGAGAUCAUUGGCAAACAUCAGAAUGAAUUAGCAUCUACUAAGAACCUCUAUUCUCAGAAGCUGUCGUCAUUAACUAAAGAUUUGAACGAUGCCAAGGAGCAAAUCGAGCAACUGCAAAGUACGGUGUCGUCAAUGAAAAAGAGGGAAGAGGAAUCGACGCUCUCUCUUGCCGAAAACAAGUUGACAGUGCACAAGGAAUUGGAAAUGAGGGACGAGCAGCUGAAGCGCUACAAGACUAGUGUGGAGGACCUAACAAAAGAGAGAGACGACCUGAAUAGUAGAGUAAAUCAGCUGCAAAACGAACUUAGUGCCUUGAAUGGAAGCAAUCGCGCCAUCGAUGAGGAGAAGACAGAUCUUCAGGAGCUCUCCCGAGGAAAGUCAGAGGCAGUUAAAUUGAUGCAACAGAAAUUAGUAGAUAAUGAAACAGCCUACAACGAGAAAUUGAGUUCCAAAGAAAGUGAAAUAAACAGGUUAAAAAUAGAAAAUAAUGAAUUAAUUGAAAAGGUGAAGAAAUUUGAGGAAGAUCGCUGUUACAAUGAAGGUGAUUCAAGUACUGAACAUCUAUUGAAAGAUCAAGGAGAAUCUGAUAAGUUGCAAAAACUUGAAAAAGAACUCCAAACAGCUCUGGCGGAAAGAGAUGAACUACUUAAUAGAAUAUCACAGUGUGAAAAAGAGAUACAAAAAUUAGAAGACGAUAAGAAAUCUAUUCUGGAAGAGAAACACGCCGAAGUAGAAUCAUUGAAAGCUUAUUCUGAUGAACAAAAAAGAGAACUAUCAGACAAAAUCAAAUUUUUAGUUAAUAAAAUUAAAUCUGAUGGACGUGAACACGAAAAAUAUCUCUUGAAGCUAAAUUCUAUACACGAUUCUCAGUUGGAUAAAUAUAAAUCGAUGUGCCUCUCGAGAGAUGAUGAGAUAACAAAAUUGAACACAAAAGUAAAAAAAAUUGAAAGAGGAUUAACAGAGAAUGAAAAACUCAAAGAGGAAUUACAAAAUCAGUUAUCGUCUAAGAUUGAGGAGUUGAAAUCAAAGGAUAGUAUUUUUGAAAGUCAGGAAAAGUCGAUACUAACUUUACGAAACGAAAUUCAAGAAUUGAAUGAUAAAAUAUCAAAUCUUCAAGAAAGGUCAGAAAGGGAGAAAGCUAUUGUUCAAAGCGAGUGUCAAGUGUUCAUCGAAAGUUUGCAAGAAGAUGCGUUCUGGACUGAAAAAAAGUUGAAAGAUUCUGAAAACAAAAUUGUGUGUUUGGAAAAUGAUUUGAAAUCCACGGAAGUGAAGCUGGAAGAGAAGUGCGCAGAAAACGAUAACUUGCACACAAAAUUGGAAGAACAUGAAAAUAGUAUCAAACGUCUAAAUAAAGAUAUAAUUGAGCAAAAACAGAAAUUAGAAGAAUAUUCAAAUUUAGAUUCAGAUCUGGAAGAUUUGAGGAAAUUGAUAACUACAUUCAAGCUGCUAUUAAAUCCUUCCAAAGGAGACGACAAUGGAUCGAAUAGAAAUGAAAUUCUCACCAACCACAAAUCUGUCAUAUCCAUUAUUCAAGAAGAAGGGAAAGUUCUCAUACAUGAUAUUGAAAGCUUACAGAGUAAAUUGAAUGAAAAAGAAGCACUCAUUGAAAAGCUCAUUUCAGAAAUUGAUGAAUCAAAAAACACUGCGAAAAAUCUUUCAUCCCAGUUAACUCAGAACCAUGUGGCCAACAAUUUUGGCAAAGAGGAGUUGUUGAAAAAUUUGCUUGUGAAUAGAAAUAUGCUUAAAGCUAUGAAAGUGAAUUACAAUGAGUUUGUUUCUAAGACAAAGUCGGAGUUUGAGACUGUUUUUAAUAGUCUUGAAUUAGUUGCUUGCAAGUUUCCCUCGAUACAGAGCCAAGUGACUAAACUAGAAGAGUUGAAUUCGAAGCGAGUUGAGGCAUUGAAACAGACAUUUGUUGACAGUAAAAAGCUCCAUGAAGAGGAGAAAAGUGCAUUCAAUGAAAAAAUAUGUAGCUUGGAAUCUGAUGUGCUUGUUUUAAGAGAAAAUUGUCAAGAGUUGAAAAAUAAGUUGGGAGUCAAAACUGAUGAAUGCCUCAAACUAGAAAGCCUCCAAGGUAUUUUGGAAGGAAAAUCAGAAGAAAUCAAUGAGUUACAAAGCGUCAUUUCUGAUUUUGAACAGAAAAAAGAUUCAGCUAAUCUGAUCGUAUCAGAAUAUAAGGGUAAGAUAGAUCAGCUCGAACGUGAAUUGCUCGCCAAAAAUGAGCAAAUAACCACGUUAUUGAAUCAAGAAAAAUUACAUGAGCAAAAUGUUCAUGAAUGCCAAUCUUUGAAAAAUAGCCUGAGCUCCUUGGAAAAUGAAUUAACCAACAUAAAAAUGAAAUUUGACAGAGAAUUGGAAAGUAGAGAGCAGAUACUGUCAAUGAAAGAAAGUGAGUUUGAGAAAGUCAAGAAUGAUAUGGAAGAGAAAUUGAAGCAGCAGAAGAAUUUGCUGCAAGACAAAGAAUGUGCAAUCGAUCGAAUCACUUCUGAUUUGAAAACAUUUAGAGAGCGAAUCUUAUCAGAGUCUGUAGAGUCUGAACAAGAAUCCUUUUUUUGGGAGAAGGAAGAGCCAUUGCCUUUGGAUUUGAAACAAGAUGCUGAUGAUGGGCUACCUUUGAACUUAAAAGACUUACAAAAUGAUGUUUCAAGACUGUCAACAACUAUCAAACGAAAUAGUAAAACAUUUUCACUUAUAAAAAGUAAUAUUGUAAAUUUAAAUUCAGAAUUAGAAACAUUGAUUAGGAAGUAUUUAAAGAGUAUAGAUGGACCAAAUAGUUGCCUUGAAGAUAAGCCUUUCGCAGGUUUCUCUAAUUCAUUUUCAAAUGCAUUUUCCAAAGUUAAUUUGUUAUCCAGUGUAUUGUCAACACAAGAAAACUCUAUUUCGGAACUGAAAUCGAGUUCCGGACAAUUGACUAGUGAAUUGAAAGGUGAAUGUGAAUCGUUGCGAGACGAUAACUCGAAGUUAGUUGCAGAGAUUGAUGCUCUCAAACAAAAUCUAAAUGCAGGUUCGGUGAGUAACACUGUCAAACUAUCUAAUGCUACAUCACAGUUGGAGUCAGCUAGGCAGGAGUACGUUGAGUUGCAGGCAACACACAACAAAAAAUGCGAAGAAUUGGUCAACUCAUCCAGGGAACUCGAUUCUUUAAGGAAAGAACAUGACAGUCUAAAACGACAACUAGAAAUCACAGGUGAUGACAAUAAUGAACUCUCAAAACUCCGGGCUGAAAAUGGAGAACUGAAGUUGAAAGUGGAAUCCAUCGAGGAGGAUCGAAAUAAGAAUUUGAAGCAAUUGAUUUUGGAAUUCAACACGAAAAUAGCUGAGAAAGAUGAAGAGAUUCGAGCUGCUGAAUUGAAAAAGUUUGAUAGAAAAGAAGCAGAAGAUAACUUCCUAUUCGUUGAGUUGAAACAACAGAUCAAAGAUUUGAAUUCUCAGUUGGAAUCUAGCUGUGAGUCUUAUGAGGCGAAGUUAGCUGAUAACUUACGAUCUAAAGAGGAACUGGAAAAAAGUGUGGAGGAAAUGAAAAACAUUCAUGAGAGACAGAUGAGAGAGCAAGAUAAAAAAUGGAGAGCCUGUUUAGACAGACGGCUUUUGGAGGCUGAGAAAAAAUAUAAAGAAGAGAUGGACGAGUUGAGCAAAGAGUGGCAGAAUGAACGCAAGCGAAUUGGGUCAAUGAAUACAGAGCAGCCACAGUCUCAGGAGUUGGAGCACUCGAGUCGAUUGGCUGUUGCAGCCAUGGAAAGUGGAGCGAGCAGCAGUGAAAUGCUGAGGAAGCAAGUCACUUCCCUUACUAAACAGCUGGAAGAUGUCAAACUACAACACAAACAUGAGGUAUCUGAACUCCAGAAGUGCAUAACAAUGAAGAAGCAUUCAAUUGAUAAACAUAAUGAUAUAACCAUAGAAGACUGUACAGAAAUGGAAUAUUUGCGGAACAUAUUGUUCGAGUACAUGAUGGGGAAAGAACCUGUGAUAAUGGCAAAAGUUCUCUCAGCUAUCGUAAAAUUUGAUCCGGAACAAACCAAUAAGAUACUACAGAAAGAAGAACAAAAACUUUCGCUGCUGAGGAAGGUGGUUCAUCAUUGACGUCAAAAACUAGUUGAUUAUCCGCUUAAACUUCAGAUGGCACCAAUUUUGUGACCAGUUCUUACUCUUCUAUGAUAAUACAGUGGCAAAAUGGACCAAUAAAAUAUUUUCGUUUGAAGUUGGCUUUGAUCGAUUGUGCAGCCUUACGAUGUUCCUCAUUCGUCCUGAAGGAGGAAACAGUUUUGCUUCAACUCAUUUUCAAGGCAAUUUCGUCAAUAAAAUGGAGCCGUCCUGCUUUAUCGUAUUUGUUGUGUGGAGUUACAACGGUCAAUUUCAGCUCACUAAAUACUUUUAGUUAGAUUCAAAGGCUGUGUUAUGUGUGUUGAAUAUAUUAGGAUAGUUCAAUAUAUAGGUAAUCACCUAACAGUGGAUAUAAAUUGCCUCAUAUUCAAGAAUAUUUAUUACAAGUAGUAGAAUUCCAUUGCCAUUGGCAACUAUGUUAUUGAAGUGAUUUGUUCACGAAUAUUUGUGGUACUCAAUAAUAUUAAGAGUUCAUCGUGAUUUCUACAGGCUCUGCUAAUAAUUUCAUGGCCCCUUGUAAUUAUUUUUCAAUUUGGUGUUAUAUUAUCAUGUAAAAAUUAGCUUACUCAAUAUUUAAGAUCAUUUAUUAGUCUCUAUAACUAAAAUUAUUUGUUAGCAGCUAGUGAGCAUAAUUUAAAUUAGUUCUGUUAUGUUUUUAUAAGAUUUUUAUUAAUAGAAUUUAAGUUGUUCUGUAGUAAAAUAUUCUUAUGACCAACGAUUAUAAUACUUCGUAGCUAAAAAA